UCCGCAGAGGUUACCCAUAAAAGAAAGCUCCCAGCACAGGCAGAUAUGUAUUCUCUGACCACUUGAUAAUGUCAGGACGCGGCAAAGGCGGGAAGGGCCUGGGUAAAGGCGGCGCCAAGCGUCACCGCAAGGUGCUGCGCGACAACAUCCAGGGCAUCACCAAGCCCGCCAUCCGGCGCCUGGCUCGCCGCGGCGGCGUGAAACGCAUCUCCGGCCUCAUCUACGAGGAGACCCGCGGGGUGCUCAAGGUGUUCCUGGAGAACGUGAUCCGGGACGCCGUGACCUACACGGAGCACGCCAAGCGCAAGACGGUCACCGCCAUGGACGUGGUGUACGCGCUCAAGCGCCAGGGCCGCACCCUCUACGGCUUCGGCGGCUAAAUGACAUUUUGAAGCCCUGUCAUUCACUAAAAAGGCCCUUUUUAGGGCCCCCAAGCUUUCAACAAAAGAGUUGAAAUGACUGCAAACUGAGUUUCUGAAUAGAGCCAUUGUCACUGAGUUCUCCCAUCCUGCUUUACAGGGGAUGUUGAAAAUAGGCGACCUUGGGCCAAGAUUUUUCGGAGGCCAGAAGAGCCUCUGCUGGCCAGUAACUUCUGGCGACCGCUUGGAAGUUGCCUGCAGCCCGUUUACUGCUCAGAUUCAUUUAGAAAGUCAAGGAGUUUGGGGUCUAAGUUAAUGCCAGGCUAGAGAUUUAACUUUUCCUCUGGACCUUCAAACGUCUCGGGAAGAGAUGAGGGGUUUGAGGGGCUCCAUUAAAGGCUGGGGCCUCUAGGAAAAGUUCGUGUUGGCUGGUUUAAGAGGACUUGGGUGGCACAGAGCUCUGCGCACUUGGGACCGACCAUACUUUACUACUGUAGAACACAGUCGGCAGUUUUACUCUCGGUAGUAAUAGUUACCUCCUUUAUAUGUUUGCCUUCUGGCACUAUUUUUAAAUACUGGGAAUUUAUCAGGUAUACAAAACAUGCUAGUGACCACACUACUUAUUCAACAAGUGCAGUUAAAAUCCCUCCUUAUGUCCCUUCCCAGCAGCACAGCCUUCCUUUUCCACCAUUCUAGAAUUAACUAAUAUUCUGAAUUUGGCACUUUUU